GAGGACCUGGCGCUGGAGAUGGCGGCACUCCAUGACCGCGGCACCCGCAUCCUGGACAAAGGCAGGACGCAGUAUUUCGCUCUGCAUGCGAGCAGCGGCCACUUGGUGACGGCCGAGAGGAUCGACAGGGAGCAGCUGUGCCGUCUGCAGGAGAAAUGCGUGCUGCGCUGUGAGCUGAUCGUGGAGGGCGAGAUGAAGGUUUAUGCAAUCGAAGUGGAAAUCACAGACAUCAACGACAAUGCGCCCAUUUUCAGAGAGAACGAAAUGGUUCUGAGAAUGAGCGAAAUGACAGUUGUGGGGUCGAGGUUUCUUCUAUCUACGGCUCACGACCCGGACUUGGGUGCAAACUCCCUGCAGAGCUACGCGCUGAGCGGCGACGAGCACUUCUCGUUGUCGGUGCAGGCGGGAGCCGACGGCGAGAAGAGUCCCGAGCUGGUGCUGGCCAAGGCGCUGGACCGGGAGGAGGCGGCGUUUCACGAGCUGCUGCUGAGGGCGAGCGACGGCGGCGAGCCGGCGCGGACGGGCACGGCGCGCAUCCGCGUGGCUGUGCUGGACGCCAACGACAACGCGCCCGCGUUCAGCCAGGCGGUGUACACGGUGCGAGUGCCCGAGGACGUGCCCGUGGGCUCCACGCUGCUCAGCGUCACCGCCACCGAUCCCGACGAAGGAACCAACGGCGACGUGAAGUACUCACUGAGGAAAGUUACAAACAUAGCAGUGGAAUACUUCCAGCUCGAGAGGGAAACAGGAGAUAUUAUACUACUGAAGAACCUAGAUUUUGAGGAAGGCGACUUCUACGAAUUAGAAUUACAGGCACAGGAUAGCGGUGGCCUUUUCGACACGGCGAGGGUGUCGAUCUCGGUGACGGACGUGAACGACAACGCGCCCGAGAUU